AUGGCGUCUUCGAUCGGUGCGGCUUUCCGCUCCCUCUGGCACGACCUUACUAGCUACGACCGACACUCGACCAUUGACUCCCCCUACCGAACCGGUCGACAUGUCCCUCUGAACCAGCGCCAGAGCGGCAUCCUUACCUCUGUCGCGACCGCCUCCGACUCCCGGGCCGACGUCUCCUCUCCUUACGGCGAUGAUAGCUACAAUAGACUCACCCGCGACAGCAGCUACCAUGGUGGCGGUAUCCCGAAUACCCCUUCCAGCCCUAACCCAGCGGCGGCACCCUACUCUCCUGGCAUGAGAUCUCAAUCGGCCCGCCUUUCAAGUCAUGGCGAUGGCUUCGAGAUGCAGAGCCCAGGUGAUGUGCAGAUGCAGUCGUUCCAGGACGGUUCUCCGCCGCCUCCUCCGGUUUCCCACUCAUGGAAGAAGAUUGACGCAUGGGCUGAGGAGCACUACCCUGAGCUUUGGGAUCAGCUGUGUGAGGGAUGCACUGACAACGAUCUUAACGAACUCGAACACCAACUCGACUGCUCUCUGCCUCUCGAUGUGAGAGAAUCCCUCAUGAUCCAUGACGGCCAGGAGAGGCUGGGUAUGCCUACAGGUAUUAUCUUCGGCUCCAUGUUGCUUGAUUGCGAGGAGAUCGUACAGGAAUGGGACCAAUGGCGCAAGGUGAACCAGGAAUUCCUCUCUGAGGCCGCCAUCCGGAAGCCCGCCGUUCCUUCCAAGGCUCUUGGUAGCAACGGCCAGGCAUCUUCUUCCAAAACGCCUGCCUCUCCUGCAGCCCCCAACAACCCUACUUGGAGACAGGAUCUCAUUGCCCGCCAGGACUGCGUUCCCCCCAAUUCAGUUCAGCGAUCGUACGCCCACCCUGCGUGGAUUCCCCUUGUACGCGAUUGGGGCGGUAACAACCUCGCCGUGGACCUUGCCCCUGGCCCUAAUGGCAGAUGGGGUCAGAUUGUUCUUUUCGGUCGCGACUAUGACACCAAGUAUGUGAUCGCACGGUCCUGGGCCCAUUUCCUCGCCAUGGUUGCGGACGACCUUGCCAGCGGCAAGUGGUUCGUGGACGAGGAAACCAACGAGCUCAAGUUGCGGGAGUUUAAGGAGACGCGUGUUGAGCCUCCUUACUUUGGCAUCUUGCGUUGGCGCAUGGAUCAGAAGUAUGGCCGCAGAGCCGCGAAGCGCAGAUCGGUAGUGCCCCAGAACAGAGCCGGAUCCCCGGCUGGAUCUGGUUCCACCUCCCCCUACUCGAGCCCUACCAACAACGAGGCGAACGGCGAACAGCGAGGACGAUCGAUGCAGCGACUUGGCGGCACCUCUCCAAUUGCCAGUCCCAUCCGCCCCGGCUAUAGCAAGUCUAGCCCUCUUGCACGAGUGGCCGAGGAAACCCCUCUGCCGGAUCCCGAGACCAACGGUCUCAAGCCCACGAAGCUCGUCGAAGUUGAGACCCCUAGGCCCAGCGAAGAUAAUCCCAAGGGUUCCCGCGCGUCGCUGCUAUCUCACGUCGACACAACGCCCGAGAACGAUGGCAAGGAGAACGAGAACCCUGCAGGCAAGGUGAAUGGCACGGCCAACGGCAAGCCUAAUGGUAAGCAACCAGAGGUUUUGGAGGAGCCGAUGAAGGAGAUCGAGAUAUAG